AUGUCGAAUUCCACUGCGUCGGAUAGCGACCAUGGGCUCACAGAGGGUAUCUACACUAGCAGAGCAUGUCUUGAGUCCGCCCUUGUCUCUGUUUUCACCACUAUUGCCUCCUACAAUAUCGUCGAGCUCCUGAUUCUCUGCUUUACCAGAUUCAAACGGAGGGACGUUUACUUUUGGACCUUGCUAGUGGCAACCCUUGGAAUCAUUCCCUAUAAUCUUGGCUUGAUCCUCAAACUUUCUAAUGUCGUCCACAACAAUAACAUCUCAUUAACUUUUGCGAGCAUCGGAUGGUAUUGCAUGGUGACCGGCCAGUCUAUGGUGCUAUGGUCACGGCUGCACCUCCUGAUUCGGAGUCGAAAGCUGUUGCGUGGUAUUUUGUGCAUGAUCAUCGUCGACGCUUUUGUACUCCAUAUCCCUACCACAGUGCUUGCCUUUGGUGCCAAUGCGCCGAGCCAUACCCGGGCAUUCGUGAAGGGGUAUGAAAUUAUGGAAAGGAUACAGUUGAUCGGAUUCUUUGCUCAGGAGGCUCUGCUAUCAGUGCUAUACAUCUGCAAAACAGUUGAGUUUCUCAAGUCUCAUGUCAGAAAUCGUUACUGGGGUAUACUGCAUCAGCUGCUGGUUAUCAACAUCCUUAUCAUCCUGAUGGAUGCUUCAUUCGUCGCAGUUCAGUACUCAGGGUUUUACGCAAUCCAAGUCACUCUAAAGGGCCUGGUUUAUAGCGUCAAGCUGAAGCUGGAGUAUGCCAUUCUGGGCAAGCUCGUCAAGGCUGUCAAUGCACAACGCAAGGCCACCGGAUCGUACUACGACACAGAUCGCACAGACAAGUCCCACGUGCCAUAA